AUGAGAUCUUUUCUAGUUUUCUUUGCUGUGUUCGCAGUUUCCAGUGGUAAGUUCAGAGAUUUCCCUUAAUGUGUUUCAAUUUUGAAGUUAUUUUCUAGCCUACGUUUUCGAUUGUUUGGAUCAAUGUGAAUGCGAUACAGAUGAUGAAGUUGUUCAUUGUCAUAAUGGAGAAAGAACUGAAUUAAAGCUUCCACAAGGCCAAAGACUUCGUGGAUUCCCCGUUAUUGGAUUGACUUAUAAUAAAAUUGUAAGACUUCCGGAUGAGAAAUCACUUUUGGCAAAGUUCCCAGAUCUUAAAGGUUGGUAGCUUUUAAAGCGUUGUUCGGAGAAGAAGGGCUUUAUAGACAACAAAGAGGUUGUUUUCGAAAGACACUUAUACUUUUCCGAAGCCUUAGAAUAUUUUUAUUGUAACCCAGGGUUACUAACCCUUAAAUAUAGCCCCUUUCUCCAUCAAAAACAUUUCCAUUUUCAGUCAUCGACGUCGAAAGAAAUCCUGACUUUGAUUGCAAUUCUUUGGAAGAAUACAAUGAAAUCAAAAUCGUUUCUGAUUGCUUCAAAAACGUCACUGAAAUCUCCAAGGUCCCCAAACUUUUCCGUCCAACAAAAGACUGUGACAUCGGAUGUCAAGCUGAAAGACACUAUGCCAAAUUGCACAAAUAUGUGUUGAGCCUUUGGGAAAUUUUGAAGGAAAAAUAUGAGAACUUUGAUCUUGACGUGAGUUUUCUUACUUUCAGGGGUUAUAUAACAGUUGUCUUCAUUUUUUGUUUUCAGGAGACUCUUCAACAAAUUCAAAGAUUCUUUGUGAUUGCUGUCAACAAAAUCAACAAAUUGGGAAAGGAUAUUAAUGAUAGAUUGGAGAACAAUUAUCAUCCAAAGAGCGUUGCUACUCCACUUCCAGAUUUGGAAGAAGUUCAAAUCGAGAAGGAUGAUUAA